AUGCACCAUCAUCCACGUCAAGUCUUUGUUGCCGUUAUCGGCGCUGGUGGUGUAGGCAAAGCCUUCCUCCACCAACUCCAUGGCCUCGCCCAAAAAUUCUCACAAUCGCCCGGCUCGACAUACUACCUCUCCCUGAUUUGGCUCAGUACCUCCAAGAAAGCCCUCUACCACCCCGACUACAGAUCUCUGUCGAAUUGGGAAUCUGAACUUCAACACACGACGACACCCACGCUACCACCCUCCCAACUCGUCGAAUAUCUAGCCAAAGCACCCGGAAAGGUCGUGUUGGUUGACAACACAAGCAACCAGGAAAUUGCAGACUCAUACCCGGCCUUCCUGAAGAAGGGAAUCAAUAUUGUGACGCCAAACAAGAAGGCCUUCUCGGGAAGUUACCAACUAUGGAACGAUAUCUUCAACGCCGCGUCAAACGGAAAGGGAUUCGGCGGCUACGUUUUCCAUGAGUCGUCCGUCGGCGCUGGCCUCCCCGUCAUCUCGUCACUAAACGAGCUCGUAGAAACAGGCGACGAGGUGCGCAGGAUUGAGGGCGUGUUCAGCGGCACAAUGAGCUUCCUGUUCAACUCGUUCCAACCUACGAGCGGUGGAGGUGGCAAGUUCUCUGCCGAGGUCAUCAAUGCCAAGGAGAAGGGAUUCACAGAGCCUGAUGCACGAGACGAUCUCAAUGGCUUGGAUGUUGCGAGGAAACUCACUAUUCUGGCUCGUCUCGCAGGUCUGAAGAUCGAAUCACCCACCUCGUUCCCCGUCCAAUCACUCAUCCCUAAGGAGCUUGAGUCCUGCUCAUCAGGCGAUGAGUUCCUCCAGAGACUGCCAGAGUUUGAUGGACAAAUGGACGAGCUCAAGAAGGAAGCGGAGCAAGAGGGCAAGGUCAUCCGCUUCGUCGGUAGUGUGGACGUGCCGACUGGCGCGGUCAAGGUGGGCCUGGAGAAGUUCGACAAGAGCCAUCCGAUUGCAGCACUAAAGGGCAGCGACAACAUCAUCGCUUUCUACACAAAGCGCUAUGGCGACAACCCGCUUAUCAUCCAGGGUGCCGGUGCUGGUGGUGACGUUACGGCUAUGGGUGUUACAGCGGACUUGAUCAAGGUGCUGCGAUUAUUGUCAUGA